GGACCAGCAGAGGGGCGCAUGGGUGCGUGGUGCUGGGCCAGGGCGCCGCGGCACCGGUGUAGGAGCGCGCAUGGCCAGAGCUCCUUCCAUCUCAGCGGCGUCUCAGUGCUGCAGCGGGAACGGCUGUUUGCUUCCCUGAGGAGCUUCUAGAGAGCUACGGUGGCCCCCGUGUGGGAGGUGGGGCGGGGGGCGUGGCGGCGUGGGCGUCUCUGUCCGCUCCUCCGUAGCUCUCCUCCCUCCCCUUUCUGCUGCUAUGGGGAGCGCGGUGGCCACGGAACGCUGCCCCGAGCCGCGCGAGGGAGGACCCGACGCGCGGCGUUUACCCGGCGCGGCGUUCCACCGCCCGGGUUUGGCUGGGUAAAAUAAAAAAUGGGGAUAUUGACCUCCUGUCACUACUGCAUGGACUUUGAUGGUUUCCAAUCAUUACUUUCUCCUCUGUGUCAAUCUGCCUCUUCGAGAAACUCAUACUCCUGAAUAGCUCUCCAGACCCCCAGCUGGCCAUGUGGUGAGUUCGGGGCCCAAAUCAAGUAGUAAGUACCAGCAAUCAGGGAACUCCCUCUAUCUGUUUUGAAUGGAUUCACACCAGUCACAAGCCUGGAAAGAUGGUGUCACAGUCUACAGUCAGGCAGGAUUCUCCUGAGGACCCCUGGGAAAGGAUCACCCAUUACUCUGGCAUUAUUGAUGGAUCGCCUGGACUCCUGAACACUGACCAUCCUCCUUGCCAAUUAGACAUCAGGCUCAUGAGGCACAAAGCUGCCUGGAUCAACCCCCAGGAUGUGCAGCAACAGCUGCAGGACUUGCAACCUCAGGUGCCAGCAGCCGGGAACAGUGGGACCCAUUUUGUGACAGAUGCUGCCUCUCCCUCAGGCCCUUCAUCUUCGUGCCUCAGGGACUCCCUAGCAGAGACAACAUUGUCUGAGGCUACUACAGACUCCAUUGGCAGCGCUUCUCCCCAUGGCUCGAGGGAAAAGAGUAGCAGCUUCUCUCUGUCCUCAACAGAAGGACACAUGGUCCACCCAGGAUACUCUCAUCGAGUGUCUCUGCCCACAAGCCCUAGGAUUUUGGUCACCUCCCCAUAUCCUGAGACUGACAGUGCUUUUUUUGAGCCUUCCCACCUGACAUCUGCUGCUGCUGAAGAUGCUGUUCAAGUCAGUAGAAGAACCAUUUCUUUGAAUUCCUUCUCACCAGAAGUAUUUGUGCUGCCUGUUGAUGUAGAAAAGGAAAAUGCCCACUUUCAUGUUGCAGAUAUGAUUAUAUCAGCAAUGGAGAAAAUGAAGUGGAACAUUCUGAGUCCACAGCAGACAGAGAACUGGAGUAAAGAAGAAGCCAGUGGGUUACUUGGGAGUGAUCAGCCUGACUCUGACGUGACUUUUGAUACCAACAUAAAGCAAGAGUCUGGGUCUUCCCCUUCUUCAUACAGUGGCUAUGAAGGUUGUGCUGUGUUACAGGUCAGCCCAGUGACUGAAACACGUACUUACCAUGAUGUGAAAGAGAUUUGCCAAUGCGACAUUGAUGAAUUUGUUAUUUUAGAGCUUGGAGAUUUUAAUGAUAUCGCAGAAACCUGUAGCUGUUCCUGCAACUCCUCUAAGAGUGUCACUUAUGAGCCAGAGUUCAAUUCUGCUGAACUAUUAGCCAAAGAGCUGUACCGCGUGUUCCGGAAGUGCUGGAUGCUGUCACUAGUUAAUUCUCAGCUGGCAGGUUCCCUGAGUGCAGCUGGCUCAAUAGUUGUAAAUGAAGAGCGUGUCCGAAAAAACUUUGAAUCCAGUAUGAAUGUUGUACAGGAAAUUAAAUUUAAGUCUAGGAUCAGAGGGACUGAAGACUGGGCUCCUCCUAGAUUUCAAAUCAUAUUUAAUAUUCAUCCACCACUCAAGAGGGACCUUGUGGUAGCAGCCCAGAAUUUUUUCUGUGCCGGCUGUGGAACUCCAAUAGAGCCUAAGUUUGUGAAGCGGCUCCGGUACUGCGAAUACCUAGGGAAGUAUUUCUGUGACUGCUGCCACUCAUAUGCAGAGUCCUGCAUCCCUGCCCGAAUCCUGAUGAUGUGGGACUUCAAGAAGUACUACGUCAGCAAUUUCUCCAAACGGCUGCUGGACAGCAUAUGGAACCAGCCCAUUUUCAAUUUGCUGAGCAUUGGCCAAAGCCUGUAUGCGAAAGCCAAGGAGCUGGGCAGAAUGAAGAUUCCUCUUUGUUUCCUCUCUGGCAGUGCAUUAAAGGAGUUUGAGCAGGUGCCGGCACACUUGACUGAUGAGCUCCACCUGUUCUCCCUUGAGGACCUGGUCAGGAUCAAGAAAGGGCUGCUGGCACCCUUACUCAAGGACAUUCUGAAAGCUUCCCUUGCGCACGUGGCCGGCUGCGAGCUGUGUCAAGGAAAGGGCUUUAUUUGUGAAUUUUGCCGGAAUACGACUGUCAUCUUCCCAUUUCAGACAGCAACAUGUAGAAGAUGUUCAGCGUGCAGGGCUUGCUUUCACAAACAGUGCUUCCAGUCCUCCGAGUGCCCCCGGUGUGCGAGGAUCACAGCUAGGAGAAAACUUCUGGAAAGCGUGGCCUCUGCAGCAACAUGAUGCCCCUGAGUAUUGUGAAAAAGACUGUUCAACAUGCCUUAUGAUAACAUCGAUUUGUGUCUAUUAUUGGUGACAUUGUUUUAGAUAUCUGGUAUUGUAUAUUAAGGGAAAAGAUGGUCUAUAUUCUCUUUAUUGCAUAUACUUAAUGUUUCAAAAGAAUGCAGAUUCUGUGAUUAAGCACGGGGUUGAUAGUAGUGGUUUUGUUUACAAAUGUUCUGUUUUGGCUGCUAUUGGUUUUUUAAAGAGGUUUUUUAUACUUUUGUAUUUGAAUAGUUAUGUUUAACUGAUGUUGAGCCAGUGUGUGUGUGUGUGUGUGUGUGUGUGUGUACAUAUGUGAAUUGUAACUGACAAGAUGAAUUACUCAAUUUCUCUCCCUCUAAUGCUUGUUUGAUGAAACUGCUUGGUUCUUUCAGUGAACAAGAAUAUGACCCCAAAUCUGUUUGUCCUGGCUUUUAUUUCUUCAAGAAACAGACUUCCACUUAAAUGCCAUUUUGUGAUUGUGUCAAUCAUACACAUUUUAUUUACUCCGGAGUUUGAAUAGAGAGUACACAUUUCUUCUGCAGCUUUAUUUCAUGAUGAGUUUGAGUUGCUUAGCAGGGCGUGUAGAUCCAGUUGAAGUGCAGUUUGAAGCAGCUGCCUCUAGAUGGCAUUCUUUCAGGUGGCACAAAUCAAACCUGUAUUUGUCGUCUCUGUUCCACACGCUGUAAUGUCAAGGGACACAGGAGUAGAACUCCAUCCCUGCCCUUAAGGAUCUUGCUUUAUAGAUGUAAAGCUGAACAUACGGUAUUUGCAGAUUUAAACAAAUUGGGGGAAAUAAUGAACAGUAUAAUUCAAGUAAUAACAUUAAAAUCAUAGACAUCGACUAAUAA